UCACCGGCCAGUAUACGCCUUGGGAAUGCCCGGGCAAGACUUGGGGCGGAGAGUUGCGUUACUUAAUAGCUUUGUGAUUCGGUGACUUAAAUGGUCAAGACUGAUUUGCUUGGUCGGACUGUUAUUUGUUGUAAUAGGAUAGGGUAGUGGAUUCUGUGCUUUCAAUGAAUGGGAGGUGAGUUUCGUGAGUUGUAAAGCGAUGUGAGGCCUCUCCAUCGUGACCAUGCUACACACGGCCUUCAAAGUCGCCUUCACUCCUACGAUAGCCUGAAGCACAUGGUAACGAACUGCAUAUAAUACCCACUCCUCAUAAUGGAGGCACAGUAUCUCGUUCAUAAUCCAAGCGGUGGUGGGAGCUCCUGCUUCACCACACUGCCUGAUAGCCUGUGGGUUAAAAUUAACAUGCUUAAUGGGACAAAUUUCUCUCAUGAGUUGGAAGAACUGUUGUCUAACGAAAAAAACUAUUCAAGGGAUACUCCAGUCAUCGUUUGGGAACAGCUGGAUCUGGGAUGUCAGUGCGAACAGAUCUUCCUGUUCGCCGUGUCUGUUCUUGUGACCAUUGUAACAGUGGUGGGGAACGUUUUCAUCCUCGUGGUGAUCGUUUUAACGGGUUUAGUGUACGAGGACACGUUCCUGAUCCGCACGGCCCUGGCCAUUGCGGAUCUGCUGCUAGGGCUCAUGCCUGCGGCCCUGGCGGUGUGCGACCACAUAACCCUCAUGAGCGGCACGACAACCCUCAAGCACCUGUCGAAAACCAUGUACAGCCUGGCCCACGGGAGCUCCUCCCGAAUGCACCUACAGUUCCAUCACCUGCGCUUCGAAAGGGGCGGAUACCCCCUGGCGUGCGCGAUCAUCCUCUCCCAGACCACGUCUUUCUCGAUGUUCAUCCUGGCCCUCCUGAGCGUAGAGAGGUUCUGCGUGGUCAUCGGGAAGCCGCUUAGAAGGUGGUCCAUAGUGGUAGGCUUAGCGCUCGCGUUUGUCGUAAGCCUGCUCAUCUCUCUCAUGCUAAACUGGUGCCCGAAGUACCGUGCCUUCAUCGGCUACUUAGACCCCGUCACGAAGCUGACGCUGGGAGCCAAAGCAACAUACGUUGAAAGGACCGAGUGGAGCUUGUUGGUGUCCUUAGUCACCUGGGUCGUGACGGGUGUGACGAUGGUCGUCGUCACAGGCGUCACACUCUUCCAGCUGCGGCGCCACGACCAGCGGGUGCAGGAGAACCUCACCAUCCACUCGGCUCUGCGCAUGUCCGAAAUGAGGCGCCUGACGGAGACGCUGACGUACAUGAUCCUCCUAUUCAUAAUAUCGUGCAUCCCAUGCAUCCUGGACAUGGUGAUUAACAAGAAUCUGCCCUUGGUACAUCACCUGGCCUGGUGGACCUUCAUGGCCGGGUCCUCGUGGAACUGGGCCCUGUACACCCUCGCGGGGAGAAGUUCUGGAAGCGCGCCAAGGAGUUCUUCGGUGACGCCGCCCACGCCCACAGGACGUACAUCCUCCACAAGAGUAGAGAAACAAGAAUUUUCUUCGGCAAAGCGAGCGCAACGGGCGGCGGGCAUUGCAAUGAAUGCUUAUCGACAAAUCUCGAUGGACAGCAGUUUUACAGACAAAGUUCCGUUUGAACGUUAUUUAAAGUGGACCCACAUGUGUAUGUGUAUGUAUGUAUGUGCGUGUGUGUGUUUGUUUAUAUAUGUGUAUGUAUAAGUAUACAUAUAUAUAUAUGUGUAAAUAUAUGUAUAUAUAUAUUUAUAUGUGUAUGUAU